GUCUUGUACAUGGUGUGUUCCGGUUAGUGCAUAGGGUCAUGAAAGAGCCAUGACAAGUGUACUACUUCCGUCUUCUCCUCCCCAGCGGAUAUAGAGAAAUGACAGCGACUCUGCGCCCGUACCUCAACGCUGUGCGUGCCACGCUGCAGGCCGCCCUCUGUCUGGAGAACUUCUCCUCUCAGGUGGUGGAGCGACACAACAAGCCAGAGGUGGAGGUCCGGAGCAGUAAAGAGUUGCUGCUGCAGCCAGUCAUCAUCAGUCGUAAUGACAAGGAGAAGGUUCUUAUCGAGGGCUCCAUCAACUCAGUCCGAGUCAGCAUCGCUGUCAAGCAGGCGGAUGAGAUUGAGAAGAUCCUUUGCCAUAAAUUCAUGCGCUUCAUGAUGAUGAGAGCUGAGAACUUCUUCAUCUUGAGGAGGAAACCGGUGGAGGGUUAUGACAUCAGUUUCCUCAUCACCAACUUCCACACCGAGCAGAUGUACAAGCACAAGCUGGUGGACUUCGUCAUCCACUUCAUGGAGGAGAUCGACAAGGAGAUCAGCGAGAUGAAGUUGUCUGUCAACGCCAGGGCCCGUAUCGUCGCAGAGGAGUUCCUCAAAAAUUUCUAAGAAAAUUCCCAAACAUUCCUUACGCUGAUCACGACCGUCAUCAUGGUUUCUGAGGGGUCCGUAUCGCAGGACGGAGAGGGGGGAGGGGCAAACAUUGACCAGUCAUUCGCAAUGGAAAAAAGUAAAGAUGCAUCAGACCAAUGGGGUGUUGCCCUACAUCAUUGAGGUAUCCCUGUGCUCAGAAAUAUUGAUGUUUGUACAUACUUAAUAUUCACAGCCUCGUUUAAUUUCUGCCCUUUAGAACAAAGCAUUAAAUCAGGGCGGGUCCUUAAAAUAGAAUCCUAAUCAAUAUUAAUGAGCACAGGGAAAUGCAAGGAGAUUUCUGAUAAUUGAAACUAUUUCUUUUUUUAUAUAUAAAUAUUAUAUUCAGACUGUUUUGCAAAGUUUUUGUUACGACACCUGUUUCUUGUGUUAAUACACACAGAGCAGACCCUAUCAUUGAUGGAAAUGAUUGUGAUAAUAGUGCUGGCAGUGAUGAAUAAAUCCCUUUUAUUGUU